UUACCUGCACUUCUCGCAUGCUGAGGCUCCGGACAGUUACAAAGUUACCUGCAGUUCUCGCAUGGCAAGCUUGGCAAGAACUGGGAGACAUGUCUAAGGAAGAAGCAAUGACAGAGUUUGUGAAAAAGAUGGCAGAUUCAUGCUCAUUGUUUGAGCCUUAUGUGGAAGCCCACAAAGGAGAUAAAGAGGAGGGAGAUAAAAAAGAUGGAGAUAAGACAAGUUUGCCUGGGGAAAAAGAGGAUAAAGAGACUGACGUUGAAACCCUUCAGGUAAAGGAUACAGAUAAAAAGAAACAGCAUGAAAAUGAGGUGCAGAUCAGAGCCGCCCUCAACCAGCAGACUCAGCUACAGUUUAGGCAGUAUGCAGAACAGCAGUAUCCAAACAACAAAGAAAUG